AUGUACAGCUUAAUGGAUCUGUCUGCAUCAUCCUCACAGCCAAAUAUAUUGGAAGGUUCACACAAAUGUGGUAGACUCGAUCAUGAACUGGUACAUGGACAACAAACGAUACCAGACACUGGAAGAGUAGGCCAAAUAAAAGAGCGGUGUCCGCUGAUAUGGUGUGAAAUGAAUCCAGGUGAUGCGUUAUUCUUUCACUCCAAUAUGAUGCAUACAAGUGCGCAGAACAGUAGUCCAAACAGAAGAUGGGCUCUCCUGACGGCUUUCAAUACGAAGUCAAACAAUCCAACCAAGGAGCAUCAUCAUCCAUGUUAUACACCACUGACCAAGGUUCCAGACGCUGCUAUAAAAGAAUGCGAGAACCACACACUUGAUCUUUCAAAGAUGGAAUUUUUACAUCCAAGUAAAUCACAAACUGUUCGUCCGAAUCUGUCCAAAGAGCAGCAAGAAACAGCUUCGAGAAGUUAA